AUGGUCCUACAGAGAUACGUCAACACGAUGCGCGGUUACCGUAGUCUGGGACGGCCGGAGCGUCGGAAUAUGGACGGGGAUCCGAUGAGGAGUGCCCGACACAUCACUCCUCCAAGAGAUAUACACUACAAGAGGAUACUGUUGACGCGACGGUUCAAGGAUCAUAACAUCUACAAUGACCUCGGUCUCCGCAUCGUCGGCGGCAAACGGAUGGACAACAACGAGUUGGGCGCGUUCGUCUCGGCAGUCGACUCUUCCCGUCGAGCCCAGACCCUUGGAGAAGUCAAAGAAGGCGAUCGUGUCAUGGAGUGGAAUGGCGUCCUCCUCACCGGCCGCACCUUCGAGGAGGUCGAGCGCAUCGUGAAUGCCAGUCGCGGGGAGGUCGAGCUCAUCAUUAAGACGCCCUGCACCGUCAACUGCAAUCACGGACAACAGCAACCGUACGAGAAGGAGCGUCUGUAUGAGGCUGUGCCGCAUAGAGACCAUUCCCCCGAAGCCGCACCGCCAGUCCCAACCCACAAGUCGACUAAUGGCCGCGUGAACGGACUGAAUAACAACAAUGUCCAAACGACACCCCAGUUCCCGCUGGAACUCCCUUGGAAUGAGGGGACGGCUGUGCAGAUGCAUCAACAACUACCACAUGCAUUGCCACCGCUGCCAAGCCAGCAGAUGCAGCAGCAACAUCAACAGGUUCACCAUCAGCAGUACAUGCCGUUGAAUCGACAUGGACAAGGUCAACAUGUUCAACAAGGACAACAGAUGAUGGACAACCUCGGCCACCUUGAAGUCGCUCUCGAGUACGAGAGAGCCACCUCUCGCCUGAUCGUCAGAAUCUUGUCCGCGCGCGGACUUCCGAUGCGUGACGGCCAGCGCGCCAAUCCGCUUCCGAAUCCAUUCGUGAAGAUCUACCUUCUGCCUGGCCGAAAAGUAUCCCACAAACGUCGUACCCGUUUCGUGCCCUCCUCCACCGAACCGGAAUGGAACCAAAUCGUGGAGUACGACGUCCCAUCCACCGCCCUCCACGCCCACUACCUCGAGUUUUCGCUGUGGGACUACGAUCGGUUCACCGAGAACAAUACGAUGGGCCAAGUGGUCAUCUCCAUGGCAGAACGUGGAAUCCUGUCCGGUCAGCCGAGAUGGUACCCGUUGCAGCCUUGUGAGCGGACCUCGUUCUCGAGACACCAGAUGAACAUCCCGGUCGACCGUGUCCGGAUGGCGUCCCACCAGCCCAGCUACCAGUACAACCCAACCGUUCUCGACAUCGGCUACCCAGCUAUCAGC